CAGGGGAUGGAAUGAAAGGAGUGGAAGAUCUCGGUAGAAAAGCAGCUGGUGCCAGACUUCGGGUGGACCCAGUUCUGACCAGCUGCACACAGGAAUGCCGGGCUGCGGUCUGCGCGUUGUCCACAACCCCAUCAUCUGCUGCCUUGAUUUACAGGGGGUCCUUUUAGCGGGAUUAUAUCAGCAAGACCACCUGCCAUUGGGGAAACAAUAAGCGUGGACUGUCUCUCUCUCUCUCGGCUGGAACAGAGGGGUACUUGGGUUUAAUCUGUGGAGUCAUAGCAUCAGAAGUGAGAACCAUCACUCAGAUUCAGCAUCUGACUUUCAAUUAACGCCAAGGAUUAAUGAGACUGUUAGGGAUCCAUGCUUUGAAGGGCACAGUGCACAGGCACCUGCUUACCUGAACUUAACCUGUGUGAAGAUGUGGCCAGGUAAAAUGGUCAAUCAUACCACCCUGUGGCUCACGUCGGUGGCUUUGUGUAUGCUGAGUCACUGUGGGACAAAUUCCACCCAGGACAGUUCGCAACAUCCAAAAUGGAAAACAGACCAAUCAGAAGCAAGCUUGGUGGCUCAUCGCCGUGCCAAACGUGGCUGGGUCUGGAAUCAGUUCUUCAUCGUGGAGGAGUAUACUGGGACAGAGCCACUCUAUGUUGGCAAGAUUCACUCAGAUUCAGACAAAGGAGAUGGCUCCAUAAAAUACACUAUAUCAGGGGAAGGUGCUGGGACGGUUUUCAUUAUUGACGAGAUUACCGGGGAUAUCCAUGCCACAGAGCGACUGGAUCGUGAAGAGAAAACCUACUACACUCUCCGUGCUCAAGCACGGGACAAACUGACUGACAGGCCCCUGGAACCAGAAUCGGAAUUUAUUAUCAAGGUCCAGGAUAUUAAUGACAGUGAACCCAAGUUCCUCGAUGGACCGUAUAUUGGCAGUGUCCCUGAAUUGUCACCUGUAGGGACCUCUGUGAUGCAGGUGACUGCUUCAGAUGCAGAUGAUCCAACAUAUGGAAGCAGUGCAAGGUUGUUGUACAGUCUAGUGGAGGAACAGGACCAAUUCACAGUGGACCUCAAGACUGGAAUAAUCCGAACUGCGGUCGCAAACCUGGACCGUGAGAAGAAGGAUCAUUACAUCCUGGUAAUCCAAGCCAAGGAUAUGGCAGGGCAGCUGGGUGGAUUGUCCGGAUCAACUACUGUAACCAUCACCAUCACAGACAUCAAUGACAACCCUCCGCGAUUCAACCAGAAGUUGUACCAGCUAAGCAUGCUUGAGUCGGCAGCCAUCGGAACGACCGUGGGCAGGGUGAAGGCUGAGGAUGUUGACCUGGGACAAAACUCUGAGAUGACCUACACUCUCAAAGAGGAGGACAGCUCUGAUAGGUUCAGUGUCGUCACAGACCCAGAAGCACAGGAGGGGAUUAUCAUUCUCAAAAAGCCAUUGGACUUUGAAACCAAGAGAACCCACAGUCUGCUGCUGGAAGCAGUGAAUAAAUAUGUUGACCCCCAGUUUGAGAACCUCAGAUCCUUCAAAGACUGGACCAGCGUCAGGGUGACAGUUAAAGAUAUCGAUGAACCACCAGUGUUCACCUCACAAACAAACGUGAUAGAAGUUCAAGAAGAUACCCGGGUUGGAAGUGUCAUUGGCUCUAUUACUGCGCGGGAUCCUGACUUAACCAACAGCCCCAUCAGGUACUCUAUCGACCGUAACACUGACUUGGAGAGAAUAUUUAACGUGGAUGCAAACACUGGACAGAUCACUAUUGCCAAAAGAUUGGAUCGGGAGACAGCAGGAUGGCACAAUAUCACCGUGAUAGCAAUGGAGGCAGACAACCAUGCCCAGAUGAGCAAGGCCUCCCUCAGUGUCAGGAUUCUGGAUGUCAAUGACAAUGCUCCGGAACUUUCUAUGCCAUUCGAAGCUGCUAUCUGUGAAGAUGCCAAACCGGGUCAGCUGGUGCACACGGUCAGUGUGGUGGAUAAAGACGAGCCGCAGGGCGGGCACCACUUUUACUUCACGCUGGCUCCAGAGGCAGCUGACAGCCGCCACUUCACCCUCUGGGAUAUCAAAGAAAAUACAGCCGGAAUCUUAACCCACAGAAAUGGGUUUAACCGUCAAGAACAGGACAUCUAUUUUCUCCCAAUUCUUGUGGUUGACAGUGGGCCACCAGCCUUGAGCAGCACCGGGACCCUCACCGUUCGGGUGUGUGGAUGUGACAGCGACGGGACCAUCCAGUCUUGCAGUGCCACUGCUUACGUUGUAUCCACUGUCCUGAGUCCAGGGGCACUUAUAGCUCUGUUAGUUUGUAUUCUUAUACUCAUAGUACUUGUCCUCCUUAUCUUGACCCUGAAGAGACACAGAAAGGGUCACAUGAUUUCCGAGGACGAGGAAGAUAUGCGAGAUAACGUAAUUAAGUACAACGAUGAAGGUGGAGGGGAGGAGGACACUGAGGCUUACGACAUGACAACACUGCGAAGUUUGUACGAUUUCACAGAAGUCAAAGCAGAAGGAGAAAGUGUGACCCCUGAACUUCAUUUGCUCCCCCAGUGGUUUCAGAAUCCAGAUGCAGAUUUCUCCAUUUUUAGGAGUUUUGUCUGUAAAAAGCUUGAAGAAGCUGAUGCUGAUCUCUCUGUCCCUCCAUAUGACUCUUUUCAAACAUAUGCAUAUGAAGGCACAUGUUCAGCAGCACAGUCUCUCAGCUCCAUCAAUUCUCUGUCUACUGACUCAGAUCAGGAAUAUAACUACCUCAGUGACUGGGGACCUCGGUUUAGACAGCUCGCUGGACUUUACUCAGGAAAUCAGGCAGACGAUGGAUCCUAGCAUCUGACAGCCUAACUCCGAGUUCUUUUUGCUCUCCGACAAAAACAAAAUAGCGCAGCUUAAAUCUUUAAAGCUGGCGCUUGAUCAAUUAGGAAAGUCAAAUAAAAAGCUUUCCUGUUUAAAAACAUCACCUUCUCCAACUAACGUUCCAAAUCUGGAAAUUAGCCAGCCCUUUCAGUUACUGCUGUAAAGCGUUGCCAAUAAAGUAGUGAUUGCUCCCACAAUGUGCUGGCAAUGUUUCCAGUGAAGUAUCAUGACAAAUCUCCCUCUUUUGAAACAUUAGCAAGGUUAGCAGCCACAGUGAAGGUAUCAAUUUAGUACUGUGUGAUUUACAAAUUUUUGUAACAGACCAACAUACAUCUGGGCAAGAAGUGACACUGGUGUUUAUGAUUUGACAUGAAAAUCAAGAGCAGGGGGUCCCCAGUUUUGGAAAUUUUAUUUCUUUUAUUAGAUGAUUGAAAAUAAUUUCAGGAAAAAUCCUUACAAAAUGACAGGGCUUGUGUCAGUGAUUUGUUCCUCUUCGAAAAAUGUCAAUGGAUACUUGCAUAGCUACAAAACAUUGCAUAAUAAAGUGGCAGUGUCAAUUCUAAUUCAUGACAAUCGCCCAGCGAGAUCACAACUUGUGAUCAAAAAGUGGCAGAGUCUUGGACUUCUUGGAAUUGCUUGCACCUAAGUACACAGAAUGGAAGCAAUUCCAGCCAAACAGCAAUCUAUUGGAGAAGUAUUCACCUAAACCAGUAUUGAAAGAAAAGAUAAUGUGUUUUAUUGCCUUUGAAAUGGGAGAAGUUAACCACUGAGGAUAUAUCUAUGAGGGAAACACCUCCACUGUAUAACCUCUCCUGAUUAUCAAGAUAACAGACCUGUCCUGAUAUGUACAAAUUGAAAUGCAAAAUUCUGCUAGUCUGAGUGUUGGAAGAAUCUCUUAAUUUCUUCUUAAUUUGCAUUGUGCACACAAUGUCUCACUGUAAACAAUUCUCUAUACUGGAUGAAGGGCGUUGUACGCAGAAAUGUGAUUCACAGGCUUCCAGGAAUGCUAGCUUGAAAUGAACCACAUUUUCUCUAUAAGUUAGGGUCCUGGGAUUUUGUUUUAAAUCAGGAUUGUUCCAUUGUUCAGUCUGUUUUUCCACAAAUAUGGCAAUACCUGUGGCUUUAUCUAAAAGAUGGGAAGAGGUCAUUCUUUUUUAUGGCAAAUGAAUGAAUGUUUUUAUUGCCUGGGAUUUGGGGAUUGUUACUAGAGAUCUGAACAUCCUGUUCUGUGAUUCUACCAGUUUAUCCUGGUGACAACAGCAAUCCUGUGGCCUUGGUAAUAACCCAAAAAAUAGUGGACAACUUUUGGAUUUGUACAGGUUAUUUUGAUUUCUAUUCUAGUGAGCUUCAGAUUUUAUGUGCAUCUCUGGAACUUCUUCUCCUGAGUAACUGUUGCGGCAUUUGGAUAGAUGGAAUUCCUGAUCUCCGUGGCACACCCUCAUCACUUUGGAUUCUCAGACAUAUCUGCUGUUGUUUUGUUCCAUUGCUGGAACUCACAGGUGUGAGGAAUACUUCAUCAAUACAUUUGACGCAAUCAUCUCCACUUCCAAGACACCAACAGAGGAACAGAAGGAAGAGGUGACAACGGGCUUGAUCUGAGUUCCAUGCUUCCCUUCCUACAUUUCUGGAAUUCCUAAUUUUCAAGCAUAAUGUGACUUGAAGGUUUCCGUUCCAAUCAGAUCUUCAGCAUUACCAACCCCAAGGCAGUCAUCCAAAACCAAUGCUUUCCUUCGAGGACCUCUGCAUAUCCAAAGCUUACUAUCACAAGCUCAUGAUGUUGCAUACUGUAGGAUUCUUCAACUAAAUAAAAUUUCCACACAAUCCUUUGUGUCAAAAGAAAUCAUAAUGGUGUUCAACAGAGCCAGACUUUCCCCAGUUAGGAUGCCCCGCAGACACAACUACCAUCCUUCGAAAUAAAUGUCAGAUGUUAAGAGGAAGAAAUAAACCGAACAUUUCUGACAGCUUUGGCCCCAGACCACGUUAGAGUUCAUGAAGCAUGACUUUUUAUACUGAAAGAUGCUGUCAUAAGGUCUAGUAUCUGAAACGCAAGUAUCAGUGUCAGCUUUUCUUUUGCUGUAAACUAUGACAGAAUUGGUACUUUUUUUACACUCCCUCAGUAAAGUGGUGAAAAAGGAUGUAGUGAAAGGUAAAUAUUUCUGGUGCUAUGCUCAAUAUUUUAAAAUGGGGUAAUAGAA